CGUCGGGGCGCUUGCGCAGACGCGGGCCGGGCGCCGGGGCGGUGGGUGACGCCUGGAGAGCGCAUGGGCAGACAAAUUGUACGUCCGUUUGUCCGGAGCAGAGGGGAGAGUGGGCGCCAUCUUCUAGGCUCGCUGAGAGCUCUACCUGUGCUGGGGAGGCUGCUGCGACGAGGAGCGCCCCCCGCCCCAGCCUCGCGGCUCCGACUCCGCAGCAGUGGUCAUUAUUGCUGUGGUUUGAGCUCAGCAUGGCUGUAGUCAUCCGUUUACUGGGGCUUCCUUUUAUUGCGGGGCCUGUGGAUAUUCGUCACUUCUUCACGGGAUUGACUAUUCCUGAUGGAGGAGUGCAUAUAAUUGGAGGGGAAGUUGGGGAGGCUUUUAUUAUUUUUGCAACAGAUGAAGAUGCAAGACGUGCCAUAAGUCGUUCAGGAGGGCUUAUCAAGGAUUCAUCUGUAGAGCUGUUUCUUAGUAGUAAGGCAGAAAUGCAGAAGACUAUAGAAAUGAAAAGAACCGAUCGCAUGGGAAGAGAGCGACCAGGAUCUGGGGCAUCAGGGGUUGGCAGCUUAUCUAAUUUUGUUGAGGCUGUUAAAGAAGAAGCAAGUAAUUCUGGAUAUGGCUCUCCGAUUAAUCAAGACGCUGGGUUUCAUACUAAUGGUACAGGACAUGGUGACUUAAGGCCAAGAAAGACACGGCCAUUGAAGGCUGAGAAUCCUUACUUGUUUCUGCGAGGUUUGCCUUAUUUAGUAAACGAAGAUGAUGUACGUGUUUUUUUCUCUGGUUUGUGUGUGGAUGGAGUAAUUUUCUUAAAGCAUCAUGAUGGCCGAAAUAAUGGUGAUGCCAUAGUAAAAUUUGCUUCAUGUAUUGAUGCUUCAGGAGGUCUUAAAUGUCAUAGAAGUUUUAUGGGCUCAAGAUUUAUAGAAGUAAUGCAAGGCUCAGAACAACAGUGGAUUGAGUUUGGAGGUAAUGCAAUUAAGGAGGGUGACAUUCCUAUGAGGACUGAAGAACAUUCGCCACCAAGGGGAAUUAAUGAUAGACAUUUUCGGAAACGAUCGCAUUCAAAAUCUCCCAGAAGAACACGCUCUCGUUCUCCUCUUGGAUUUUAUGUUCACUUAAAAAAUCUGUCCCUAAGUAUUAACAAAAGAGAUUUAAGGAAUUUCUUUAGAGAUACUGAUCUGACUAAUGAACAGAUUAGGUUUUUAUAUAAAGAUGAAAGAAGAACAAGAUACGCCUUUGUGAUGUUCAAGACUCUGAAAGACUAUAACACUGCUCUGGGUUUGCAUAAGACUGUUUUACAGUACCGUCCAGUUCAUGUUGAUCCAGUUUCUAGAAAACAAAUGCUGAAGUUCAUUGAAUGUUACGAAAAGAAAAGACCAGCAUCAGCAGAGAAAGAAAGGCUUGGACACGUUUCACAAAAACACUCUCAAGAAGGCUACUCUGGCCAGAAACUGUGCAUAUAUAUAAGAAAUUUUCCAUUUGAUGUUACGAAAGUUGAAGUGCAGAAGUUCUUUGCAGACUUUAAUCUUGCUGAGGAUGACAUUUACUUGCUUUAUGAUGACAAAGGAGUUGGUCUGGGAGAAGCAUUGGUGAAAUUCAAAUCAGAAGAACAGGCCAUGAAAGCUGAACGUUUAAACCGGCGAAGAUUCUUGGGGACAGAGGUAUUGUUGAGGCUCAUAUCCGAGGUACAAAUGCAGGAGUUUGGUGUAAAUUUUUCUUCAGUGUCCAGUGAGAGAAUGCAUGACCAUACACAGUCAUGUGAUAGAGAUGAUUAUCCUCAUUUAUUUGACACAGAUGAUCUACCAGUAUACUCAGCUGGCCCUUCUGAAAACUUUAGGCAUCAGCAAGAGGACUUGCGGCAACUGGACAAUUUUAAGCAUCCCCAAGGAGAUUUCCGACCGCCUGAUAGGCGGCCUCCUGAAGAUUUUAGGCAUUCCCCGGAGGACUUCAGGCGCUCCCCGGAAGACUUCAGGCGUCUUCGGGAGGAACACUUCAGGGGGCCUCCUGAGGAGGACUUAAGGUGCCCUUGGGAAGAGGAGGAUUUCAGGUACCCCCGGGAGGAGGACUGGAGGCGGCCACCUGAAGAUGAUUUCAGGCGGCCUCCCAAGGAAGACUUCAGGAGACCCCCCGAGGAGGACUGGCGAAGGCCCCCUGAGGGAGACUUCCGGCGGCCACCAGAGGAGGAUUGGAGGCGGCUUCCUGAGGAGGACUUCAGACGGCUUCCCCCUGGGGAAUGGAGGCGACCACCUGAGGGAGGCUUCAGGCGGCCCCAUGAGGAGGACUUCAGGCGACUUCCAGAGGAAGACUUCCAGCGACCUCCUGAAGAGGACUUCAGGCGGCCCCACGAGGAGGACUUCAGGCAUUCUCCUGAGGAGGAUUUCAGGCGUUCUCCUGAGGAGGAUUUUCGGCGGCCACCCCCGGAGCACUUUCGGCGGCCGCCCCCGGAGCACUUCCGGCGGCCACCCCCGGAGCAUUUCCGGCGGCCUCCCUCGGAGCACUUCCGGCGGCCGCCCCCGGAGCAUUUCCGUCGGCCUCCCCAGGAACAUUUCCGUCGGCCGCCCCAGGAACACUUCCGGCGGCCGCCUCAGGAGCAUUUCAGGCGGCCUCCCCAGGAGCAUUUCAGGCGCCCACGAGAGGAAGAUUUUAGGCAUUCGCUGGAUGAAGAUUUCAGGGGCCCUCCAGAUGAAGACUUUAGGCACCCUCCUGAUGAGGACUUCAGGAGUCCUCAGGAGGAUGAUUUCCGAUGCCCUUCUGAUGAGGACUUCAGGCGGCUCCCAGAGGAAGACCUCAGGGAAGCUCCGGAGGAGGACCCUAGACUUCCUGACAAUUUUAGACUUCCUGGUGAGGAGUUUAGGAGCCCCCCUGGAUUUAGAGGUCAUCGCCCUUUUGUGAAUUUUGGUCGCCCAGAAGGAGGCAAGUUUGAUUUUGGAAAGCGUAAUAUGGGAAGUUUUCCUGAGGGGAGAUUUAUGCCUGAUCCAAAAUUAAAUUGUAAUUCAGGUAGAGUAACACCUAUUAAAAUAAUGAAUCUUCCAUUUAAGGCUAAUGUUAAUGAAAUUCUAGACUUUUUCCAUGGUUAUAGAAUCAUACCUGAUUCCGUUUCAAUACAGUAUAAUGAGCAAGGAUUACCUACAGGGGAAGCCAUUGUUGCCAUGAUAAACUACAACGAAGCUAUGGCUGCUAUCAAAGAUCUGAACGAUAGACCAGUUGGCCCCCGCAAAGUUAAGUUAAUUUUGCUCUAGAGAGCAUUUCUACCUUCCGUUACCUCCCCACAGUAUUGAUGCAGUAAAAUGCAAUUUUUAAGUGUUUAUUUUUAAUUAUCUAAUGAAAAACAUUUUAAUUUUGAUCUGUGAAUAGAACAAAUGUAAAUACUAGACUGUGAAUCUGGUUUUCUUUUGCUUGCAAAUUGCCGUUCAUUUUUUCUAAUUUAAAAUCAUACGGUUUUUUGUUUUUGGGGUUUUUUUGACUGGAGGAGAGAACUGUUUCUCUGAGUGCAUUUCUGUUGAUGUCAUGGGUAAACCUCAAGACUUGUAUAAAGUAGAACUGUAUUUGGGGAAGGUAAAUUUUAUAUUCACUUUUGUUUCCAUUUUGUAGUCUGCAUCAUUUUACUCAAACUGUAUAAGGAAAUGGUCAGUGACUGAUUGUUCAGGGUUAGCAUGUUCAUUGCUAACUGCCUGCAUAAUUAAUGCCCUCUUCCUUGUCUUGAGUUAUUACUGUGUUAAGCCUCCCAUUAAUCAUAAGUAGUUCAAAAUGGACAGACUGUGAACUUGAAGUUUACUUAUGUAAAAAGCUUAGGAGAUUCUUAAAGUUUCCAUGUUCAAUACUUUCAAAGUUUUAUAAAAAUAAAAAAAUUGCAACCAAAUAGACCAACUAAUUAACUUGUAUUUGUAUGUAAAGAAAAAAAUUACAGCUGCUUUUGUGAAGGUUUCCAGUAGCUACAUUCAACAAUAAGAUAGGAGGGACCAAACAUUAUGUGAUAAUAGUGUAGAGUGCUAUGUAUAGUUCUGUGGUUUCUUCCAACAUCUCAUCAACCAAACUGAUAAGAUUUACUCAAAAUACUUAAAAGAUGAAAGUAAUUAUAGAUACAAGGGGCCUUUCAGGCUUAUGCUGGGAAGAAUCUGAUAAAUGGAUAUAUUGUGUUUCUAGGAGAAUUUAUUGAUGAUUCAUAUAACUUGUAUUUUUAAUGAGGUUCUUAAUUUCAGAACUUUUUAUCCAAAGACUCAGUAACUAAAUAUAACAACACUUGUGAGAUUGAAUUUUGACUUCUUUGAUAUUCAGCAUUUAUUGUAGACAUUUUACAAAAUACUGGUUUGAUUUUUCUAUACCAUGCUAAUUGUAAUGCUAACAUUGGGCAUUUAUUAUGUGCUAGGCAGUAGAAGUGUUUUACAUGCAUAAUCUCAAUCUUAGUAUUCCCUAAGAAGCAUAGACUAUUUACUUUAUUUUACAAAUGAGAUAAUGAAAUAUAUAUAGUUUUAAGUAACAUCCCUAAAGUCAUGGCUAGUAAAUCGGAGCCAGUUUCAACCCAGAGAGACUACUGACUCUAGUUCAUGCUCUUAAUACUUUUGCCUACUAACUUUGUUAAGUGGUAUUUUUAAUUUUAGUAAAACCAUGUUAAAAAUACUUUCAAGAGUAAAGGAUAUUUUCUUACCUCCAUUGUUGCUUUAAAAAUAGCAUUAAAAAUACAAAAUCAGUAUGCUUACAUUUUUACUAAAAGACAAAGUAACUUUUAAAAGUUCUCAUAUAUCCAGGUUUCUCUGGGAUACUAACAUUAUAUAUUGGCUUCUAAUUUGAAAUUGUUCAUUUUAUCAAACAUGAUUUGACUUUGGUUGGCCUUUUAUAGUUUACAUAAAGCAAAGUUAAUUUUCCUCAGUUCUGUGAUUUAGGUAUUUCCCACACUGAGCAAAUAAAAAAAAAGUUGAGUUUAUAUAGUUUAGUCAUUUAAUGUAGUAAUAGGGUCUUGCAGAGGUGGAAUACUUUGUUAGUACUUAGCCAGUUUGUACAGUAAGUAUUUUGGAAUAAUCUCCAGUGAUUUAAAGAAGUCUAAAAAAACCCAACUGAAGUUUCUUUGUUUGUUUUUAAUUAUAUCCUGCUUGCUAGUAGAAUGAAUAAACUGGUAAAUUUGGUUUAAAAAAACACAUCAUUAUGGCUCUUGAAACUAGUAAGCUUAUAAGCAGCUAGGGGAAUGAGAAACUCUUAACAUCUGAACCAAGCGCAAGGAACAAAACAGGAAGAAAUUAUAUUUUAAAAUGCUCAGAAAUUAUAUAGAUGGUUUAUUUGAUUAGUUUUCUUAAGGAAUGUGUUGGAAGACUUAAAAACGCUUCUCAAAUACAUAUCAAUAAAAGUUAAGAUGAAGCUUAUAGUGUAGUAUCAGUUAAUAGGGAACUGCUUCUCAGUUUAGGCUGGGGUGGGAAUGGUGGUGGUAGAUAAGAGGCUAACACAAUAGUAAACACAGGACACAGGCUUUGUAUUCUGAUUGUAAACUUAAUGGAUUGAUAUGAAUAGUUAAUUUUACUCCAUAAUCUUCAGUUUAAUAUAUAUUUUAAAACUUUUUUUAAAAUAAGUUUAUUAUAGAACUCUGGCUUCCACUAGUUGGGAACCAUUUUUGCACAUCUCUUGCCAACUCUGCCUGCAGUUGAUAUAUUGAUGACUUAAACUGGACAUGGUAGGAGUAUUUAUACCGUGGAAAUUGGUAAAUACAGCAAAUCCAGGCAUUUGCCACCUCAGAAAGCCAGUUUACCAGCACACCACCAGUCUCCAACACAUAAAAGUAAAUGAUGUACUAAAUCCUUACAUACCCAUCGCCCAACUUCCAACAAUUGUCAUCUCAGCCAGAUUGGUUUCUUACUAGAUAUAUUGGGUAUUCUAGUGGCAUACUGGUUCUCCAGUUUAAAACCCAGUGGCAUUUUAAUUCUCUGAAAGCCAAACAUUUUUGUCUCACAGGUAUCUGAAAAAUAAAGAUUAUGUAUAGAAAGUAAACUUAAUCCCACAAUCAAGAGAUAGAUAAGCAUCAUAUUAGGAGUGCAGAGUUUAUCACUUACUGAGAACAUGCUCAAGAGCAGUGGCUCUUGGUAUAUAUAUCACCUAUUAAGCAGUGACCCUGUCACCUCCAUCUUUGUAUUAUUAGCUAAUGUUUAUUGAACUUUAAUAGAUCCUGUAUGUUUAUGAUCUGUAAUUGUAUAUAAACUAACUAUAUCAUUUAGUCCCAAUAACCGUAAUAAACCUAUUCUGGAGAUAAGAAAUGGAGGCAGUUAACUAGAGAGUCAAAUAACUAGUCAAGUGGGUUGCCUUUUUUUUUUUAAACAAGGAAGCUAAAAGAGGUUUUUACAUUUUUAAAGAUUA